UCUCUCUAUCUCUCUCUCUCCCCUCCCCCUUGGGCACACACACACACAUACAAACACAGCUAAACGCACACACACAGAAACUAAUGCAAGUUCCCCUAUCUGUCAGAGCCAGUUCCUCCAUUUAAGAUGCUGACUUGUUUAUGUUGAAGGGGAACGUGAAUGACUUGUGUUAGCUCUCCCACUCUACUUUCAGGCUUUUAAAAAAUGUUUAUCUUUCAGCGAGUCCAACUUGUUGCAGGCGGAGGGAGCGUGGAGUCUGUUUUGUCGCCGAUUUGUGGUUGAAAGAUACCUCCAGAUAGCACAGAGAGAGAGAGAGGUUGACUGACAGAGCGGAUUGACAAGCAGAGAGAGAGAGAGAGUGGAGUCUAGUUGAUGACCGGCAGGUGGGCAGCCCUCAGACCCAGCAGCUCUCCGUCCAGUGGCCACUCUCGCUGCCCCGGGCACAUAAACUCAUAGAGGACACAGAAGAGGAGGAGCAGGAGGAGCAGGAGGAGCAGGGUCAACCAUGGAGCUGUAGGGGACACGCUCAGAUGCCGGUGCGGAUUACCAGUCGAGGAGGAGUGCCGCUGAGGAGAAGAGCUCUGCAAUGAACAAGAACAAGAGGAAGCCCAAUGGAGAGAGCAGGAAGCUGGUCCAGCGGAGGAGGAACACAUGUCCUAGUCCUCAGGACAUCACCCGGGCCCUGCAGAGCCCCAGCUCGGCCCCCAGCGCCAGCGCCGCCAGCCUGGAUGAGCUCAUACAGCGCUGCCUGAACUGCUUCGAUUCGGAGGGGAAGCUCUCCAGCCCCAGAGGGACCCAGCUGGUCCACAUGACCCUGAUGAUGCACAGUUGGGUCGUGCCGUCUCAGAUGUUCGCCCAGAAACUCCUCGGCCUUUAUAAGGAUUGUCCCUCGGACCAGAGGGGGCGGAAGCGGCCACAGAUCUGCCACCUCAUCAGGCAGUGGAUCAGCCAGUUCCCGGCCGUGUUCGAGGCGGACCCCCUCCUUGAGCAGACCAUGGGGGACCUGUGGGCGCUGGUCCGCUCAGACGGAGAGGAGGCGCACUCGCAGCUCAUGGACACCUCCUGCUUAGGCCCUCACGGGAACAUAUUUCAGGCUCCCUCUCCCUCUGUGAAGAAGAGGAAGGUGUCUUUGAUCUUCGACCACAUGGAGCCAGAGGAGAUGGCCCAGCACCUCAGCUACCUGGAGUUCAAGAACUUCUGUAACGUUUCAUUCCUGGACUACCGGAGCUACGUGGUUCGAGGCUCGGUGAGGGACAACCCUGCUCUGGAGCGCUCGGUCAUGAUGUGUAACGGGGUCUCCCAGUGGGUCCAGCUGAUGAUCCUCAGCAGACACACGGCCCAGCAGAGAGCCCAGGUCUUCACUAAGUUCAUCCACGUGGCUCAGAAGCUGCGAGCGCUGCAAAACUUUAACACUCUAAUGGCCGUGACCGGAGGCCUCUGUCACAGCUCCAUCUCCCGCCUCAAAGACACCUCCAACCUGCUGCCUCCCGACGUCACAAAGGCCUUGAGUGAGAUGACGGAGCUGCUCUCCUCGCACAGCAACUACAUCAACUACCGGCGGGUCUACAACGUGUGCAGCGGCUUCAAGGUGCCCAUCCUGGGCGUCCACCUGAAGGACCUGAUCUCGCUGAACGAGGCACUUCCGGACUACGUCAAUGGGGACAAGAUCAACCUGAGCAAGCUGGAGCACCUGUACAGCAACAUCGGCGACCUGGUGGCCAUCCACAGCUGCACGCCGCCCUUCGAGGCCAACAAAGACCUUCUGCAUCUGCUCACGCUCUCUCUGGAUUUAUACUACACCGAGGAUGAGAUAUAUGAACUUUCAUACACCAAGGAGCCCAAGAACACCAAGAUCCAGUCCCUCUGUGUCUCUCUCAUCUCUGCAUCUGCCGGUCCACAGCCCGUCACUCCGGUUAAAGCACCUGUAGUGGCGGAGUGGGGCUCAGGGGUCACCCCCAGGCCCGACCCCGACACCAUCUCCAAGCACGUCAAGCAGACGGUGGACUCCAUCAUGAAGAACUACGACCAGAGCCAGCACGGUUACAUCGCACUGGAGGACUUUGAGAAAAUAGCAGCCAACUUCCCCUUCACCUUCUGCACUCACGAGACUGACAGGGAGGGGAAAAUCAGCCGUGAAGAAAUCACCUCUUACUUCAUGCGGGGAAUGUCUAUAUGUGCCAAGCUGGGCUUCAACUUCAACGCACACAACUUCCACGAGACCACGUAUAAACGGCCCACGUUCUGCGAGACGUGUGGAGGCUUUAUGUGGGGAGUCAUCAAGCAGGGCUACCACUGUAAAGACUGCGGGAUAAACUGUCACAAACACUGCAGAGAUCGGGUGGGGAUGGAGUGCUUGAAGAAACACACAAACACGACGGGGUCCUGCCCGUGCACCCCAGCCCCCAACUCAAGAAUCAAAGGUUCAGAAGAGGAGGCCUUCGUUUUCCCACAAAGUGAUGAGACAGAAAACAACCAGGGUGUGUCGGAGCGCUCCACUCAGACGGAUCCGGGAGUGUGGACGCCGGAGAAAAGGGACAAGAGGGGAAACCACCACAACUUCCUCGUGCACGCAUCGCCGGAGAGAAAGCUCCACACACCGCCACCGAGGAGCCGAGGCUGCUCCAUGCCUGUGUCCUUCCUGCAGGAGAAGAUGGAGGAGCUGCAUCUCCACGAAGACAAGAGCAGAGAGCCAGACUGAGCGCGCCCACUCCCCCUCCCCCAUGGACACAAACACCACCAUGUUUCUGACGAACGCUGCCUCUGACUGGUGUUGAACUGAUGAGAAUAACUGGCCAUUCGUGUCACAACGCCAGCAAUCAUAUUGUACGACUGCCUCGUGUAUCAAGUUUGACUGACUUGUUAUUUAAUUUUCUGUCAGUCUUGUGAGUUCGACUCGUUCAGGCUUCAAGCACCGACCGUCCUGCUGUAAUUUAUGAACACCUCACUCCAUUCGCUAAUUAGUGACGAGAGACAGGAGUUUCCUGGUCUGUUUACACACACACACACACGCACACAGGGUAGGAAAUAAACACUAAGUGUUAAAAUUAUUACUUUGGCAGCUACAUGACAACUUUCCUCAGGAAUUUGGAAAGUAAGCCCGCAAAACCUCUUUAGAAUUGCUAUUUGUUUGGCUUCGUGUCAAGUGACUCGAGGUUGUAGACACGAGACAAUUUGUUAACCAGGAGAUACCGCCAUACUGUGUAUGAGGUAUCUAUUCCUUUAUCUCUGGCUUUAUUACAGGCCAGACCAUUUUGUAAAUCCCGAAGCCCUUUCUUCAGGGAGAUAAUGGACUCUUUGCACACUUAUCAAAUACCAUGACGUCUCCAUCUGGUUAGCUUGUUCAAUUUCCAAUGUUUAAAAAGAAAAAGAAAAAAACUAAUAUGAAUAUAUAAAUCGUGAUAUACCAUAGUGGAAGGAGCAUGUGAAGUUCAAUCCAUAAACCACCCUGACUAACAGUGGAAAACGUUAAUUUCCUGCCCUGUCAACAUUUUUACAUUCAUGGUUCAACAGAGGCACUGAAACUAUACUUGUUUUUCGUGUUUUUAAAAAGCUAAAUGCUUGUUUGUUUGAUCCUUUGUUCACAAUGUUGUUGAAAAUAAGAAAGAUAAAUCAUUCAA